AUGCCCGACGGGACCUGGGUCACGGCCAAGUAUUGGGGCAUCCGCCAGAAGCAGAUCGAAGAGCUUUACAAGUCAAGUCGUCUGGAGUCAGGCUGGUCUGACGAUGCCGAUGUGCAUCACUUCGUCGAGACUUUUGUGAAGCCCGCCACUGCUGGCACUGAGAUGGGCUACGCACUCAUGCUGAACCAGCAUGCUCCACAGCAAGUCACUCUCAUGAUUUCCCACGCCUGGGUGGAAAACACGCGGGAGUUCUUUGAAGAUGUACUAGCCUCUACCUGGGAUACAGAGGUGGCAUUCAUCUGCUUCCUCUCCAACUUUCAAGGCACUCCCGCGCAGAUCGAUGCGCAGCUGGGCAAUGACAUUCUCAAGAGCCCCUUUACGGAGGUGAUCAAGAGUCCGGCUUGCCAGCGCAUGCUUGUGGUGCCGAAUGAAGCGCUGCGGCAGAGCGGGCGUGGUCUGUACAGUAGACUCUGGUGCAUCUGGGAGAUCAAGGUGGCCGCAGACGCCGGACUACCGAUACAGAUCGUGCAUCGGAAGAGCGACGAGGAGUACUUGCUCGGUAACUCCACGGUGUCUUCCAAGAAUGCUCGCUGCGGAGAUCCGGACCUGCCGAUGAACAAAGAUGAGCAGCUGAUCCGCUCGGCCAUUCAGAAGCUACCGCCCCACAGCUCGCGUUCGGCGGCCGGGGGCUGUUUCGCAGUCUGCUGUUGCUGUUCCUAUGGGAGCUGCAUCGGGGUCAACUUGACCAAGAGUUAUCUCGGACUGCUUUGUGGCACUCUCGUCGGCUUGCUGACGAGUACCUUGGCCAUCACUUGCAUUGUCCAACGGCUGCGCAAGUGCGCGUGGAAUUUGCAAGACCUUUCUGGGUAUCACAUCCUGGACAGAGUCAUUCGAGAUUCUGCCAAGGGGCGUUAUUCAUGGAGGCGAAUCACAGCACAUGGUGACGUGCCACUCAUGGUAGUCACGACCUGCUUCUGGGCCGGCUUCGCUGUUGCCCUGCGCUACAGCGUGCUCGGCCGGAAAUCCAACCUUCCCAAGGCUGGCGUGGAGGGCAUGGGCUUUGCCUUGCUGCUCUUCUUUUGUAUCAAGGUGAAUCUGUUGGGCACCGUUCAUGGCGAGUUCUUCGUCACUCGCUGGGCGCAGUGGUCCGCCUCCCUCGUUAUGGUGCUUUUCACGGUGGCGGGCUCCUGGUUCGCUUACACCUAUGUCAGCUACGGCUGCGACGGGAUGUUUGGGCUCGGCGCCAACCUUGGCUUCUUCACGGGAGUGCUCUUACUGGGUAUCUGCACAAAGCACUUUUUCCACGCGGCGGCAACGUUGCUGGUGAUCGCCGGCAUGCUAACGAGCGGAUGGUUCAGUCCCAUCCUCUGGAGGGAAUGCUUCCUCAUCCUCGCUGGCAGCAUUAACAUGCUCAUGACACCGGAGUGGCGCUGGUUUGAGCGGCUUCUCGUUGCCCUUCUUUGCCUACUGUCCCUUGCAGGAUUGGAGAUCCUCCACAUGCUUUUCAACAGCAAGGGGCUCCAGGGCCUGAAUGGCUUCUUCUGCAAGUUCAACCCACCGUAG